AUGCGAGGACUUGCAGUCUUUAUAUCUGAUAUCAGAAAUUGCAAGAGUAAAGAAGCGGAAAUAAAGAGGAUUAACAAAGAAUUGGCGAACAUAAGAAGUAAAUUCAAGGGUGACAAAACUCUUGAUGGGUACCAGAAAAAAAAGUACGUUUGUAAACUCUUGUUUAUCUUCCUGUUAGGUCACGAUAUCGACUUCGGUCAUAUGGAGGCAGUCAAUUUAUUAUCUUCUAAUAAAUAUUCCGAGAAACAGAUCGGAUACCUAUUUAUUUCUGUUUUGGUAAAUACCAAUAGUGACCUCAUUAAACUCAUCAUUCAGAGCAUUAAAAACGAUCUACAGUCUCGCAAUCCGAUUCAUGUAAACCUCGCAUUACAAUGUAUUGCUAACAUUGGUAGUAAAGAUAUGGCUGAAGCUUUUGGCACAGAGAUUCCCAAGCUACUUGUAUCUGGAGAUACUAUGGAUGUGGUCAAACAGUCUGCUGCUCUUUGUCUUUUAAGGUUAUUCCGAAAAUCACCAGAAAUAAUUCCUGGAGGCGAGUGGACAUCAAGAAUUAUUCAUUUAUUGAAUGACCCUCAUAUGGGUGUUGUGACAGCGGCUACAUCCCUUAUCGAUGCACUUGUUAAGAAAAAUCCAGAUGAGUAUAAGGGGUGUGUUACUUUGGCUGUUGCUCGAUUAAGCAGGAUUGUUACAGCUAGCUACACUGACUUACAGGAUUAUACAUAUUACUUUGUACCAGCUCCAUGGCUGUCGGUGAAGUUAUUACGUUUACUACAAAAUUACACACCACCAUCUGAAGAACCUGGAGUUAAAGGUCGUUUGACAGAAUGCUUAGAGACAAUUUUUAAUAAGGCACAAGAGCCACCAAAAUCAAAAAAGGUUCAACAUUCUAAUGCUAAGAAUGCUGUUUUAUUUGAAGCAAUAAGUCUUAUCAUUCAUAAUGACAGUGAAGCGAAUUUGCUUGUUCGUGCAUGUAAUCAGCUUGGUCAAUUUCUUAGUAACCGAGAAACAAACUUGAGAUAUCUGGCACUUGAGUCUAUGUGCCAUCUUGCUACCUCUGAAUUUUCACAUGAAGCAGUGAAAAAACACCAAGAAGUUGUUAUCUUGUCUAUGAAAAUGGAGAAGGAUGUGUCUGUUAGACAGCAGGCUGUGGAUUUGCUUUAUGCAAUGUGUGACAAAACAAAUGCAGAAGAAAUUGUUCAAGAGAUGUUGGCCUACUUGGAGACUGCAGAUUAUUCCAUCAGGGAAGAAAUGGUUCUGAAAGUUGCCAUCUUAGCAGAAAAAUAUGCUACAGAUUUUACUUGGUAUGUUGAUGUUAUUUUAAACUUAAUCAGAAUUGCAGGAGACUAUGUCUCAGAAGAGGUUUGGUACAGAGUUAUACAAAUUGUUAUAAACCGAGAAGAAGUGCAGGCUUAUGCUGCUAAAACUGUAUUUGAAGCAUUACAAGCACCUACUUGUCAUGAGAAUAUGGUUAAAGUUGGUGGUUACAUACUUGGUGAAUUUGGAAAUUUGAUUGCUGGUGACACUAAAUCAUCACCCCAAGUACAAUUUGAAUUACUUCAUUCCAAGUAUCAUUUAUGCUCUGCAGCAACACGAGCUCUUUUGCUUUCGACAUACAUUAAACUUGUGAAUUUAUUCCCAGAAAUUAAAAAUAGAGUGCAAGAAGUUUUUCGUGCAGACUCUAAUUUGAGAUCAGCUGAUGUUGAGUUACAACAGAGGGCUUCAGAAUAUUUACAGUUAAGUAUUGUCGCUAGUUCUGAUGUUUUGGCUACUGUUCUAGAAGAAAUGCCUGCCUUCCCAGAAAGGGAAUCUUCUAUACUUGCUGUUUUGAAAAAGAAAAAACCUGGCCGUAUCCCUGAUGAAGUAAGGGAUUCUAAAAGCCCACAACCUUCUAUAACACCAGCAGUGCCAAUAAAUUCAACAAACAACACAAAUAGUUCAAGUGCUGACCUGCUUGGUUUGUCUACUCCCCCUGGUACAAUAGCUACCACUGGUAAUGGCUUACUAGAUGUACUUGGUGACUUGUACACCACACCUAAAAUAAGUCCCAACACAGUUCAACAGAAUAACAUUAAGAAGUUUCUCUUCAAAAACAAUGGUGUUCUUUUUGAAAAUGAUCUGAUCCAAAUAGGAGUCAAAAGUGAAUACAGACAAAAUUUGGGCAGAAUUGGUUUGUUUUAUGGUAAUAAAACACAAUUCCCUAUACAGAAUGUUCACCCUGAGCUACACUGGACAGAUUUAAAUAAACUUAAUGUGCAAAUGAAACCUAUGGAACCAGUAUUAGAAGCAGGUGCUCAAAUUCAACAAAUGUUAACUGCUGAAUGCAUUGAAGAUUUUACUGAUGCUCCAGUAAUGUCAGUAUCUUUUUCAUAUAAUAAUGUACCACAAAAAAUAACUAUGAAACUUCCUCUCACUUUGAACAAGUUUUUUGAACCAACAGAAAUGAAUGGCGAAUCUUUCUUUGCAAGAUGGAAGAAUUUAGGGGGUGAACAACAAAGGGCACAAAAAAUAUUCAAAGCUCAAGGUUCUAUUGAUUUAGCAGCAACACGCACUAAACUUGCUGGUUUUGGUAUGCAGCUUUUGGAUGGUAUUGAUCCUAAUCCUGAUAACUUUGUUUGUGCUGGAAUUGUGCACACACGUAUACAGCAGGUAGGAUGCCUCAUGAGAUUAGAACCCAAUAAACAAGCUCAAAUGUUCAGGCUCACUGUUAGAUCUAGUAAAGAAUCCGUGUCCCAAGAAAUAUGUAAUCUGCUGGCAGAUCAGUUCUAA